GUCCUAAAAUGAUCCUUCACUAUGGUGAUUUGACCGAUUCGACCAAUCUUGUGCAUAUCAUCUCCCAAGUCCUCCCAACUGAAAUUUACAAUUUGGGCGCCCAAUCUCACGUGAAAGUUUCCUUCGAUAUGGCCGAAUAUACCGGAAAUGUUGACGGACUGGGCACUCUACGCUUAUUGGACGCCAUAAGAACAUGCGGUUUGACCAACCACGUCAGAUUUUAUCAGGUGCAGUUACAAUUCGGUCAAGGAUUUUACGUCGUCGGAAAUCUUUUACUCACCCAUGAAUAUGAUUCUUCAGGCAUCCACCUCUGA